AUGCCGACUGGGAUCGUGUGCUUGGCGAUUCCAUUCGAGCCUCGGAUGGUCCUUGACAAUCGACCACUACCAUCAUCUCGGAUCCCACUGCAUACGGCGUAUUCGUCUCCCACGCUCGCAAUCAUGGCCAAAGGGACGAGCUCCAUAGAUCCGGGCAACUACGCCUCGCUCGGUCUCACCCACGUCCAAUAUGAUCCGUCCGACUCGCUCGCCAAGCUGAUGGCUCUGAUCACGCUCUCGCCCAUAUUCCUGCUGUGCUCGUACAUCACCAUCAUCCUCCUCCGUCGCGAAUUGACAUUCAUCAACGCGCUCAUCGGCCAGCUCGCGUGCGAAGGUCUCAACUGGGCGCUCAAGCGUCUCAUCAAGCAACCGCGUCCAACAGGUCAUCUCGGAGCUGGCUACGGCAUGCCCUCUUCCCACUCGCAGUUUCUCGGCUUCUUUGCCGCCUUUUUCCUCUCACAUUUCUACCUCAAUCGUCCACCCCUGGUCAAGCCCCGGACUCUGAUCAACACCAUGCGACGAAUCGAACACACCCUUGCUAUGAUCCUCAUUGCUUCCAUAUCUAUCCUCACUUGCUACUCGAGGCACCAUUUGCACUACCACACCCCUCUCCAAAUCAUCGUCGGUCUUUCGCUCGGUCUCGCCUUCGGAGGCGUGUAUUACUACUUUACCGAGUAUCUCUCCAGAAAGCCGCUACGGCUGCCAGCACCGCUCGCUGUCUCGGAAUCCUCGUCGCCGCUCGCUAUCCGCGCGAACCGCUUGCUCCAGCCUAUAAGCACAUCUUCUGCUACUCCAAGGAAGCAAACCAACUCAUCUAGUCUCCGGCAACGCAGCACCAGACACCGCAGACGCUCUUCCACUCUCAGUGACAUGAUCCUUCCAGAGCUCCACCCAUCGCCUCCCAUACGUCAGAUCUUACUUGACCAUCCCAUUUCCAUCGCUUUCCGUAUCCGCGACAGCUGGGCUGUAUGGAGAGAUGGCGGCAUCGAAGGCGAAUACGGAGCCUGGAGGCGCGAGUGGGAAGCGCGAAGAGCCGCUUCAACGCCCCUCGGCUUUGCGGAUGGCACCGAUGUAGGUCGCUUGCCGCGUCACUACUCCAUCAUGCUUACAGCGCUCACCGAAGCUGAUAAGUCGCCGCCUACGGACGCUGCCUUUUGCGUGGGAUGCGUCGUUUCCUUCACGAAAGAUUCGGGAAAGGCUACUCCAUCGGAAAUCCUCGCCACCGGUUUCUCUCGGGAGCUUCCGGGCAACACACACGCCGAGCAAUGCGCACUCGACAGGCUCGCGUCCAACUUUGGGCUAGCAAAGCAACCUACAGACGCACAUAAUGUACCAACGCUCGAUCUCGACCUGUACACGACCAUGGAACCCUGCUCAGAGAGACUCUCGGGCAACCUCCCCUGUGUGCAGCGCAUCCUCAAAUUCAACGAGCAGUCCAAUGUCUUUGAACUUCCUCGGGAACUAGCUCAGCAAUUGGGUCAUCUAGGAUCAACGACAGGCGCUCUACAGGCAAAGCUGCGCAUUCGACGUGUCUUUCAAGGCGUCUCAGAGCCGGAUGACUUUGUCAAGUGUCAAGGUCAAAACAUCCUGCGAGACAGCGGGAUAGAAGUUCACACUGUGCGAGCAAGCAAAGACGACGACGAUGGUCAGCUCGAGAAGGACUGCCUUCGAGUCGCUAGAAAGGGACACACAUCCAAAGAAUAG